ACAUGAAAAGGGAAUUUGAUAUGGGAUGAAAUUGUAGAGUUAAAAGACUUCUAAAUUCUUAGAAUUUGGAAAGGAUGUAUUAUUAAUUUCAUAGUAGAGAAGUAACGUGGAAGCACUAUAAUUCCAACACCUUCCAAAUGGGAAUGAAGAAUUCAACAAGAACACGUUGGAACCAGCCCAAACCCAAUAGAUUUUUCACCCUUCGAAUAUAUUUGUGGUGCAAUCAUACCUAAACUUUCUCAAUCUGCAACCUCCAAAUUUAGUAUCCAGAACAGCAAUUUCCAUCAAAGAACAGAUAAAUUUUCCAUUCCCUUCUCAACGCACGGAUAUUCCCAUUUUCCAGGGAAACUGUACUUUAUUUUUUGGAAACCCACCUCUAGUUAUGGGCUUUAAAGCGCUUUUCCACCGCAAGAAAUCCAAGAAAUCAGCUGAUUCUUCCGGCGAUCCACCUAUCGGUGUCGCACCAUUGACCAGAUCGAGAUCUCAGUCCCUCAAAUUCAAACCCCAGCUUGAAGAACUCCGACAAGUUUUCAAGAAAUUCGAUGUAAAUGGAGAUGGGAAGAUCUCUUCCUCUGAGCUUGGCUCCAUUAUGUCUAGCCUUGGCCACCAGGCCAACGAGGAGGAACUGCAGAAGAUGAUUACGGAAUUCGACGCAGAUGGAGAUGGGUUCAUCGAUUUUCAGGAGUUCGUGGAGAUGAACACACAAGGGAUGGAUACCGAUGAUGUUCUGGAGAAUUUGAAGGACGCUUUCUCUGUUUAUGACAUUGAUGGAAAUGGGUCGAUUUCUGCUGAGGAGCUGCAUAAAGUGAUGGGAAGCCUCGGCGAGCCCUGCUCUAUUGCAGAGUGCAAGAAGAUGAUUAGUGGGGUUGAUAGUGACGGCGAUGGGAUGAUCGAUUUUGAGGAGUUCAAGGUCAUGAUGACGGUGGGUAUUAGAUGGGACUCCAUUAACGGUCACGGAUGAAUCAAGGUGCUGAUAGUUGCAGCGGCAUCAGAUGUGGUUCUGGGUUGUGUCUGUCUCGUUUCAGAGAUCUCAUAGGUUCCUUUUUCCCAUUUGUCUUGUUAUUUUUGUUUCUUGGCUUGAUUUUGAUUGGAAACUCUGUGAAUAUUAAUUUGAUACAAUACAAUUGCUUAAUAUUAAUUUUGUAUUAUGAACUUUUAAUUUCUUUA